AUGACGGAUCCAGUCCCUCAUCAUCUUGUCCAACUGUUCGAUAUGUAUCGCGGAGAACGAAGGCAGGAGGGCAUGGAAGCAAUCGCAUUGACGAAUGCCUUGGCAGAUGAAAAAGAGCGACGAAAGUCGAGUUCACGGAGGGAAGCCUUCCAAGAAGGUGAUCUGGUUUUCGUCCGGGAUCUAAGAAGUGAGAAGGUCAGCAAAGACAAGAUGAAGCCCAAGUGGUUCGGACCGAGAAAACUGGUCAAGAUCAAUCCCGGUCGACUCACUGCCAUGGUGGGUCGGCUAUAUGGCGAUGGGACUAGCAAGUACCAUCUAGAUGAUCUUCGUCUUUAUCAUCGCCGAGAAAAUGAGAAUUUCCACUUUGACCGUCCACCAGACUCACCACCUGAGGUAAUACCACCGUUCCGAGUGGAGAGGACAGCGAUGUCGAUGGCGCUACUCGCAGGACAACGGUCGUUCGACCUCCGUUGGACCUAA